UCAGAUGUGCCACUUGUAUAUAAUUCUGAUUCCAUGACAGAUAAAACUGUGAUAAAUUAUGUUAUCUUAUAUUUGAAGAGGUGUUAUGACCUUCUGAAAAAAAAUAACAACAAAUACUAGGUCCAGUACCAAUACCAGUAGAGUACUGAUUACCAAUUAUUUGUAGUUCAGUAAGUGCAAGGUUAAAAUGGCAUUCAUGGAGUCCACUUGCUUUAUGAGUGUAGCUGCACAUUUGAGCAUGAAUUAAAUUUUAUGUGAUGCAAUUCAGUAUAUUAAACCCAUAUUUCUGUCUAUUACAGCACCCUCAAACUGCUCUCCCAUACAUAAUUCUGGUCAAAGCUAUAUCUGUGUAUUGAUCAUAGCUGACAUGAUAUUAUAUGUGGUUAUAUUAAAUAUGCAUUCAGGGUGUGAAAAUUUGUUAUUCAAUAUGAUGGUAUUGAUCCAGAAUGAGUUGAAUCAUAUGUGAGAGAGAGAGAGAGAGAGAGAGAGAGAGAGAGAGGAUGCCUCAGUCAUGUCCUUAAUGAAAGUCUGGAUAUUGCGAUUCAAGGUUGAAUUCAUUCACGUGGAGGACAAUGUUCUCUGUGGGCAUUUGCAAAUGGCAUCUGAUGAAACAAAUUAUGAAUGUUGAUGACGGAGUCCUUAUUCACAGCCAGAAAAUACCUGUUCGUAGCUGGUUUGUGUCCAGCAAUUAGUGUUUGUAGGUAAACAAAUGGGUUUAAACAGAAAUGUUUCUUUUAUUGCCUCAAUAUCAGGUAAAGAGAUAACUCUGCCGGCUGUGAGAUAGAAACCUUUCACACUGAGCAUUUCACAACAAUAUGUCUCCAAGGUGUUUUGUGUGUGGUGAAAAUAUAUUGUAUACUCUCCUACAAGUUCGGUUAAUUUGAAAUCUGUAUUAUUUAUAAGGAAAUUGUAGGCCAUCCAUGGCUGAUUCAUUGUCUCUCCAGACAGAUGGUUAAUCUGUUUCUUGGACAGGCUCUUGGUGGAUUGCAGGUGUGUGUUGGAUUGAAAAAUCGCAUGGAUAAAUAUUUUAUUUACUUUCUUUUUAAAUGCUAAUCUUUUCCUGAUAGCAGCUCACAGUACUUACUAAACUGCAAGACAUGCAUGUCUUAUUGUACAAUAUAAAAAAAUACACUGUGGUGCAAUAUAUGGCAUGCAUAACAGCCUUGUAUUGUACUGAAAUCUGCAUAACAGAUAUUUAAACCAAAAAUACAGUAUAUAUAGUCUAACAGCACAGGCACAUCCUAUAAGGGACAGAGUGUCUCUCAUUGUAAUUAACAGGCAGGAAGCAUCCUGAGUCUGGCUACCACAGCUGAUAUCUGCACUCUUAGAUCACUUUCAGACAUAUUUCUCUCUAUGUCUCCUUCACUCUGACUUUCUGUGACCCCUUUCUCUCUCAUAGGAUUACUCACCUGCUUACUCUAUCUUAACAUUGUUCCUUAAACACUAGGCAUUAAACACAUGUAAAUGUGUAAAACACAUUUAAAAUCAAACAUUAAAACCUGCUUACAUGGUCAGCUUAAAUCAAAACUGAUGUUUAUGUAAAUAUGGCAAGAAUUCUUAAAUCAGGCAUUUGGCCACAUCAUUUCAAGGGUUUUAGACCUUUCUGUCUUCUUUCUCUUUAUCUCUCAUUAUGUGACACAUUCUCAUGUAUAAGGCACAGCCUCCAGCACAUAACAUCUACUCAAUGUAAUAGGCAGAGAUUGGAAGGUGGAGGGGCUAGAGAGAGAAAGAGAGAGAGAGAGAGAGAGAUAUACUGUAGAGAGUGAAUGUGAAACCUCAACACUGAGAGAGAUAGACAGAGGAAGGGAAGGAGAGAAAAAGGAAGGAGACAAAAAAGUAACAAUAGCAAGAGAGGUAUAUGCAGGGGCACAAAACUCACUUUUACUGGAGGUUUGGAAACAAAUUUUGUGAAUGUAUUUUCAUGCACUUUUACACUUGCACUUUCAAGUUUAAUUGAGGAACAACUACUUUUUGAUUCAAUGUUGCAAAGUUUAUUUAGCAGUUUUGCAGUGAGGUGAGUUAACAGAAUUUUUAAUUUAACAAAAUAUAUAAAUUAUUUUAUAGAACUUUAUUAGAUCAAGUGGACAUCUUUGCUGAAAUUCUUGCAGAACACCAGAGUGGGAUAUUAUCUGACAUCGAGUGAACAAGAUGAGAGCUGCGUGGAGUGUCUUCUUUCAUGUGUCUGUCUGUCUGCAGCUGUCGUACGUGUGUUCCACCAGUCCACCUGCUCAUGCAGAAGAAAGACUGCUCCAGUCUCUGUUCAGCAACUACAACAAGCUCUCUCGUCCUGUAGCAAACAUCUCAGAUGUGGUUCUGGUCCACUUUGGUCUGUCUAUCGCUCAGCUUAUUGAUGUGGAUGAGAAGAAUCAGAUGAUGACCACAAACGUCUGGGUGAAACAGGAGUGGAACGAUUACAAGCUGCGCUGGAACCCAGAGGAGUACGAGAAUGUCACCUCUAUCAGGAUCCCCUCUGAGAUCAUCUGGAGACCGGAUAUUGUGCUCUAUAACAAUGCGGACGGAGACUUUGCGGUAACUCACCUGACUAAAGCCCAGGUGUUUUACAAUGGCAGGAUCAAAUGGAAUCCUCCUGCCAUUUACAAGAGCUCCUGCAGCAUUGAUGUCACCUUCUUUCCCUUCGACCAGCAGAACUGCAAGAUGAAAUUCGGCUCUUGGACAUACGAUCAGGCCAAGAUUGACCUGGUGAGCAUGGCCAGUGAUGUGGACCAGAUGGACUACUGGGAGAGUGGGGAGUGGGUCAUUGUAAACGCUGUGGGAACUUACAACAUCAAGAAGUAUGAGUGCUGUACGGAAAUUUACCCAGAUAUCACCUACUCCUUCAUCAUAAGACGUCUUCCUCUGUUCUACACCAUAAAUCUAAUCAUCCCCUGCCUGCUUAUAUCUUGUCUGACCGUGCUUGUAUUCUAUCUACCCUCCGAAUGUGCAGAGAAGAUAACAUUGUGUAUCUCCGUCCUCCUCUCUCUUACUGUUUUCCUCCUGCUCAUCACUGAAAUCAUCCCAUCUACUUCGCUUGUUAUCCCACUCAUUGGCGAGUACCUUCUCUUCACCAUGAUCUUUGUUACUCUCUCCAUCAUUAUCACAGUAUUUGUGCUUAAUGUCCACCACCGUUCCCCACGCACGCACAGCAUGCCACACUGGGUCCGCCAGCUUUUCCUUCAUCUGGUGCCCCGUUACCUCUUCAUGAAGAGGCCACCUACCUCGGGUAAGAGGAACUGUGGUAAACUGAUUGAGAUGAUGCACAAGCCAAUGGGGUCGCAAUCCAUGUUUCUACGGAACACAAUUCUGGACACACCAUCACAGAGUCCCAUACCCAGUGUGGCUAUGACUCCUGUUGUCCAGUUGGAUCAAUUGCAGAGGGACUCCUCACCCAAACCCAUGCUUUUCUGCAGCUCUCCAAGUAGUCAAUAUUCCAUUCUGCAAGAGGAAACCACACAAACACCUCAAACACCAGUCCUCAGUUAUGCAUGUGCAUGCACAAACAACAUCUUUGCCUCUAGCACCUCUUCCUUUCCAGACACUGCCCUUGCAACACUGCUGCACACUUUCCCACUGGAUGGAGCUGAGUGUACAGACUGGGAGAUCCAUGGCCACAGUGCUGAGAGUGUCUUCAUGGAAGCCAAAGAGAGUGUUCUGGGGGCAGGGAGUUGUCAACAGUGUCUUACAUCUAAGGAGUCGAGUAUGCAGAAGCUUGAUCACGAUGAUGCAGGGUUUUGUACAAGACAUAAAUUCCCUAACGCUCAGAACUUCAGCUCCAACAGUGACUGCACUAAGGAUCUGAAUUCAGCAGAGCCAGUGAGUAAUCUGUCACAGUCCCUGCUGAGAGCCCUGGAAGGAGUUCAGUACAUCGCUGAUCAUCUCAGAGCAGAGGAUUCAGACUUUUCAGUUAAGGAAGACUGGAAAUAUGUCGCCAUGGUGAUUGAUAGAAUAUUCCUCUGGAUGUUUGUGCUGGUCUGCAUUCUUGGGACCGUCGGACUAUUCCUUCCACCGUGGUUGGCUGGAAUGAUCUAGAAUGUUGUGUGGAGCCUUGAUUGGCUCUGAGUGGGUGGACAAUGCCUUGCAUUGCCAUCACAAAAGACUUCAGUGACCACAUUAAGCAUCCAUUGUCAUGGAAAUUGCGUACCAUACUGUUCUUCUCUGUGACACAGUAAGUUAGUAGAGGGAUGUGAGGCUUAAAGUUGAAGUGUAAUUUUCAACAUUGUUAAAAUACUUUCUCCUAUUCCAGUUUAAUGUAUAGAUAACUAUACUGUAAGUAAGACAUGUGUAGGAUGAUGUCCUGAAGAGUGUGAACACUGUGGGCUAUUAAAACAUUGCUCUUUUUGUCUGAGCAGUCUAACUUGUCAACUUCUGGCUCAACCACUGGCAUGAGUUUGCCUGUUUGUUCAUGCAAUGGUAGGUGUGUUUGGGAAACCUGUUUGGAAUCAUUAUUUUUGCAAUUCAGUGGUGCAAAAAUUACACACUUUAUCUUUAAUUUAUUGUCUGGGUGUGUUAGCUGAGACUGCC